AUGACUGAUUAUAUUUUGCCAGGUCCUAAGGCCUUAUCUCAGUUUAGAGUCGAUAACUUGAUCAAAGAUAUAAACUCCUAUACAAACAGUACUUCUGUUAUCAAUGAACUGCGCUCGUGUUACAUUCAUUAUGUUAACGGCAUCGCCCAAAAUUUGUCUGAGGAAGAUACCAAAUUACUAGAAGUAUUGUUGACUUAUGAUUCUCCUUUGGACAUUUCCAACGAUUCAUUAGCCAAACAACUAAACGAUGCCGUAGCCAAUAACUUGCCUAGCUCGGCUCUAGGCAAAGACACAUAUUUGAUCAGAGUUGUUCCUAGAUCAGGCACUAUUUCUCCUUGGUCUUCCAAGGCUACCAAUAUUGCUCAUGUGUGUGGACUACAGGAUAAAGUUCAACGUAUUGAAAGAGGUUUAGCCUUAUUAAUCAAAACUGUUCCAGGUUUUCCCCUUUUGGAAAAUCUAAAUGACAUUUCAUUGAAAUGUGUCUACGACAGAAUGACUCACCAGCUAUUUCUGACUGAACCACCAAAUACAAUGAACAUUUUCACACAUGAGAAGCCAAAACCAUUAGUUCAUGUUCCAUUAACUCCUACGAAUACUAAGCAGUCGCCAAAGGACAUUCUUUCCAAGGCCAAUGUGGAAUUAGGCCUGGCUCUAGACAGUGGAGAGAUGGAAUAUUUGAUCCAUGCCUUCGUUGAAACUAUGAAAAGAGAUCCUACUGACGUUGAACUGUUCAUGUUCGCUCAAGUAAAUUCCGAACAUUGUCGUCACAAAAUCUUUAAUGCUGAUUGGACUAUAGAUGGACUAAAGCAACAAUUCACCUUGUUUCAAAUGAUUAGAAAUACUCAUAAAUUAAACCCAGAAUAUACUAUCAGCGCAUACUCGGAUAAUGCAGCAGUGUUGGACAGUGAAAAUGAUGCCUUUUUUUUUGCACCAAACUCAAGUACAAAGGAAUGGGCCUCCAUAAAGGAAAGAAUUCCAUUGCUUAUCAAAGUUGAAACCCACAAUCAUCCAACAGCCGUCUCCCCCUUUCCAGGUGCUGCUACAGGUUCCGGUGGUGAAAUUAGAGAUGAAGGUGCUACAGGUAGAGGUUCUAAGACAAAGUGUGGUUUAAGCGGAUUCUCAGUAAGCGAUCUUCUAAUACCAGGUAAUGAGCAGCCUUGGGAAUUGAACAUUGGUAAGCCUUAUCACAUUGCCUCUGCACUAGAUAUUAUGAUUGAUGCUCCCUUAGGUUCUGCUGCAUUUAACAACGAGUUUGGUAGACCUUGUAUUAAUGGGUACUUCAGAACAUUAACUACAAAGGUUUUGAAUCACCAAGGAAAGGAGGAAAUUAGAGGGUUCCAUAAACCAAUCAUGAUUGCUGGUGGAUUAGGUACAGUUAGACCUCAAUUUGCUUUGAAAAAUACCCCAAUUACUCCAGGUUCUUGUUUGAUUGUCCUUGGUGGGCAGUCUAUGCUGAUUGGUUUAGGUGGUGGUGCCGCUUCUUCCAUAGCCUCCGGUGAAGGUUCUGCUGAUUUGGAUUUUGCUUCUGUGCAGAGAGGAAACCCAGAAAUGGAACGUCGUUGUCAACAAGUGAUUGACGCAUGUGUUGCUCUAGGUAACAAUAAUCCUAUCCAAUCUAUCCAUGAUGUUGGUGCUGGUGGAUUAUCCAAUGCCUUACCUGAACUGGUUCACGACAAUGAUCUAGGUGCCAAGUUCGAUAUUAGAAAGGUCCUUUCUUUAGAACCUGGUAUGUCACCAAUGGAAAUAUGGUGUAAUGAAUCUCAAGAACGUUAUGUUCUCGGUGUUUCUCCUCAAGAUUUGUCAAUUUUCGAAGAUAUAUGUAAAAGAGAGAGAGCUCCAUUUGCUGUCGUUGGACAUGCUACAGCUGAACAAAAAUUGAUCGUGGAGGAUCCUCUUUUGAAAACAACUCCAAUUGAUUUGGAAAUGCCAAUUUUGUUCGGCAAACCCCCAAAGAUGUCAAGAGAAGCCAUGACCGAACCAUUAAGCUUAGUCGAGGCAAACUUAACCGAAGUUUCCUCUUUGGAAGAUGCUAUAGAAAGAGUUUUGAAUUUACCAUCCGUUGGUUCUAAGUCAUUCUUAAUUACCAUUGGUGACAGAUCAGUCACAGGUCUAAUCGAUAGAGAUCAGUUCGUCGGUCCAUGGCAAGUACCUGUUGCAGACGUUGGUGUGACUGGUACAUCUUUGGGUGAAACAAUAAUUUCCUCCGGUGAAGCAUUGGCCAUGGGUGAAAAACCAGUCCAUGCUUUGAUAUCUGCAUCUGCAUCCGCUAAAUUAUCUGUAGCAGAAUCAUUAUUGAAUAUAUUUGCUGCUGAUGUGAAAUCGUUACAUCAUAUCAAACUAUCUGCUAACUGGAUGUCACCAGCUUCUCAUCAAGGUGAAGGUGCUAAAUUAUACGAAGCCGUCCAAGCGUUAGGUCUAGACUUGUGUCCUGCAUUAGGCGUUGCCAUUCCUGUUGGUAAGGAUUCUAUGUCCAUGAAAAUGAAGUGGGAUGACAAGGAAGUUACAGCACCAUUGUCGUUGAAUAUUACUGCAUUUGCUCCAGUCUCUAACACCAGUAAAACGUGGACCCCAUUGUUGAACAAGAGUGCUGAAGAUUCUGUCCUUGUUUUGGUUGACUUAUCCGCUGACCAAGAAGCUAAGUCAUUGGGAGCUUCUGCUUUAUUACAAGUUUACAACCAAGUUGGUAACAAAUCACCCACUGUCCAUGAAAAUGCCAUUUUGAAGGGCUUCUUAGAAAGUUUGAUUCAAUUGCAUCAACAAAAGGAAGACAUAGUGUUGGCUUAUCAUGAUAGGUCUGAUGGUGGUUUACUUGUCACUUUGUUGGAAAUGGCUUUUGCUUCUAGAUGUGGUUUGGAGAUCAGCAUCGAUGGUGACGACUUGGAAAGCCAAUUGAUCAACUUAUUUAAUGAGGAGUUGGGCGCAGUUUUCCAAAUUUCCAGCAAGAACUUGAGCAGGUUUGAAAACAUCUUGAAGGAGAACGGAAUAACCAAAGAAUACAUUUCUAUCGUAGGUAAACCAUCUUUCCGGAGCCAAGAAAUCAGCAUUACUGAUUCCAAGAGUGGCGUCGUCAUUUACACCAAUACAAGGUCUAAACUAGAACAAACAUGGAGCAAGACAUCAUAUGAGAUGCAGAAAUUGAGAGACAAUCCAAAGACAGCAGAGGAAGAAUUUGCUAGUAUCACAGACGACAAAGACCCUGGUUUGCAAUACGCUCUAACGUACAACCCAGCCGAUGAUAUGAAGAUCGGAUUAGAGUUAUCUAGUCAAAGACCCAAAGUUGCUAUAUUAAGAGAGCAAGGUGUUAACGGUCAAAUGGAAAUGGCAUGGUGUUUCCAACAAGCGGGAUUUACUUCAGUAGACGUUACUAUGACAGAUCUGUUAGAAGGUAGAUUCCAUUUGAAUGACUUCACCGGUCUUGCCGCUUGUGGUGGGUUUUCAUAUGGUGACGUUCUUGGUGCAGGUGCAGGCUGGGCUAAGUCUGUAUUGUAUCAUGAAGGUGUCCGCUCCCAAUUCUACAAUUUUUUCAACGAAAGACAAGAUACGUUUGCUUUUGGUGCUUGUAAUGGUUGUCAAUUUUUGAGUAGAUUAAAAGAUAUCAUACCAGGGUGUGAAAGCUGGCCAAGUUUCGAAAGAAAUGUCAGCGAACAAUAUGAGGCCCGUGUAUGCAUGGUGCAAAUAUCUCAGGAGAAGGAUAAUUCUAGCGAAGAAUCUGUUUUCCUGAACGGUAUGGCAGGAUCCAAAUUACCAAUUGCUGUCGCACAUGGUGAAGGUAAAGCCACAUUUUCCCAAAGUGCUGAACAACUGGGCAAGUUCGAAAAAGAUGGUCUAUGUUGCAUAAGGUAUGUGGAUAACUCCGGUAAUGUUACUGAAAGGUUCCCAUUCAACCCUAACGGGUCCAGUAAUGGUAUUGCUGGUAUCAAGUCGCCAAAUGGUAGAGUUCUUGCCAUGAUGCCACAUCCUGAAAGAGUUUGCAGAUUGGAGGCCAAUUCUUGGUACCCAGAAAAGAAAUACGAAGAGUGGGGUGGAUACGGUCCAUGGAUUAGAUUGUUCAGAUCCGCUAGAAGAUGGGUUGGUUGA